CUAGGUAUCAUACGGCUGCAGGCGAGGCCAGGGAAUCUGAGCUCUAGUCUUAGCUGCUGCCCCUCGGUUAAGCAUCCUCCCAUAUAGAUUUUAAGAGGAAAUUGUCAGAAAUCCGGGGCCUUCUUGUGGCGGGAUCCAACGGAGACACUGAGCCAAAGAGCAAGUGGGGGAUAUCAGAGGAGUUUUCCUUACCAGUUUUGGCUAAAAGUUGUGUGGAGUCAGCUCUUUUGAUCGAAGGAGAACAGAGUUAAAGCGUUUUAGCACCCGCAGCCCAGAGUUCAAAGCCAGAGUGAAAGCGAUCUGGAGAGAUCUAGCCAGCAGGCAGCCAUGACAGAGUGGAUGAAAAAAGGCCCCUUAGAAUGGCAAGAUUACACUUACAAGGAAGUCAGAGUGACAGCCAGUGAGAAGGAAUAUAAAGGAUGGGUUUUAACCACAGACCCAGUCUCUGCCAAUAUUGUCCUCGUGAAUUUCCUUGAAGAUGGCAGCAUGUCUGUGACCGGACUUAUGGGACAUGCUGUGCAGACUGUUGAAACCGUGAAUGAAGGCGACCCUAGAGUGAGAGAGAAGCUGAGUCAUUUGUUCAUGUCAGGAGACUGCAAGGCAUACAGCCCUGAGGAUCUGGAGAAGAGGAAGAACAGCCUAAAGAAAUGGCUUGAGAAGAACCACAUCCCCAUCACUGAACAGGGAGAUUCACAAAGGACUCUCUGUGUGGCUGGGGUCCUGACUAUAGACCCACCAUAUGGUCCAGAGAAUUGCAGCAGUUCUAAUGAGAUCAUUCUGUCCCGUGUUCAGGAUCUUAUUCAAGGACAUCUUGCAGCUUCCCAGUGAAAGACCAAGAAUUAUGGACACAGUAACUGAAAUAAGACUUUUAUUUUUUCCUUCAUAAAAUGUUUUGAACGUUCAGUCCAUCUGUUACAGGACUUUAAAGGCAACACAAGUGUGUGUGAAUUUUAAUUCUUUACUGUUCUGAGAAAAUCAAAUACGUGCAUUAUGAGUGCUAAUAAAUGAACUAUGGUAAGGAUAGUA